AUGGCGCUCAACUGGGUCAUGCUCGACCACAGCGGUCGCAAACCCCUGCCUCUCCCACAGGAGCAAGUCCUGGCCCAUAUCGGCAAGACAUCGCUGCAGCUUGACUACGCAUCAAAGGGCAUCAGCUACAGGGCCGAAGGCGAUGCCUUGAUCACUUCACAUCGCUUCGUCUUCAUCCGUCAGGCUCAAGCGACCGCUCCACCGGACCCGACGGUGCUUAAGUCGCUCUCGGUCCCGCUCGACCACUUCCAAGCGAGCAAAUUCAUCAUCCCCAUCUUCACCGCAGCCUACCUCCAAGCCGAUGUCUACUCCGUACCUCAGGGCGGACUGCCGGAACGACAGCCUGGAGAAGAGUCGCACCCCGUGGGCAAGCUCAAGCUGUGGUUCAUGGAGUCGGGUGGUAUUGCCUUUCGCGACGCCGUCGACAAGGCGAGGACGCUGUGGCAGAAGCAUCGCCAGGAGGAACAGGACGAGAACGCUCUGCCGGCUUACGAGCCUCCGGCUGCAUGA